AUGACCUUCCCACCAGAGGAUAUAUACGAAAUGUUUAACAAUGAGGAAUCUCUGGUCUAUGAUGCCGACCCCAAUAAUAACACCGGUGAGAUCAUUGACUACACAUGUGAUAUCGUCAUGGAAAACCAAAAAGAACUUGGGCAAUUUAAGCGCAUUUUUAUUCCACUGCUUUAUAGCCUCGUCUUCGUUAUUGGCGUUAUGGGAAAUGGCCUUGUCCUCUAUAUUCUUAUGAGGCACCGUCGUUUACGCUCCAGCACAGAUAAUUUCCUUGUGCAUCUGGCUAUUGCAGAUUUACUGAUGCUUUUUACAUUCCCCUUCACUGUGGCCGAGCCUUUAGGUGGAUGGGUAUUCGGAAAUUACCUCUGUAAGAUUGUGAGAGUUAUCAGCCGUGUAAAUUUCUACUGCAGCAGCCUCCUCCUGGGAUGCAUCAGCAUUGACCGCUACCUGUCUAUAAUCCAUGCUAUCAAUGCCUUUAGAAAGCAACGUGCAAUGACUGUACAUAUCCCUUGCUUUGGUGUGUGGUUCUUCUGCUUUCUUCUAUCAUCACCAAACCUAUUCAUAUUGGGAACCAUACCAGAAGGAUGUGCCAGAUCCAGAUGUGGAUACUACAACAGCAAUUUUCGUGACAAUAAGUUUUGGCAGGCUGAGAGGUUUAUCAACCAUUUGGUAGGAUUUUUAUUUCCAAUGUUGCUCAUGACCUUUUGCUAUUUUCACAUUAUAGUCACCUUAUGCAAAUCACCAAGACGAGAAAAAAAGAGGGCAGUCAGAGUGGCCAUAGUGAUUACCAGUGUCUUCUUCUUGUGCUGGACACCAUACAAUGUAGUCAUAUUCGUGAAUACUUUGAAACAACUAGGGCAAAUCGAAGGUUUCAGACAAAUUCGCCUAGCAGUUUUAAUUACAGAGUUGCUAGGGUAUGUUCACUGUUGCCUGAACCCCUUGCUCUAUGCCUUUGUUGGGGUAAAGUUUCGAAAAGAUGCCAUGAAUGUUUUAAAACAUACCGCAUGCUUCAAGUCAAAGAUGAUUAGCAAGCUAAACAUGCUUCAAAGGAAAGGAAGUGCUAUAGAAUCGGAAAGUGGUACAAUGAUGUCCAGUUUCUAA